CCGCAAGCCAUUCGUAUUAAUCACCUUCAUCAUCCUCGCAACACAAACCAUCGAUUCCAUCGAUUAACAAAGUUAACCCGCAAUCAUGGGUAAAGUUCACGGAUCCCUCGCCCGUGCCGGCAAGGUCAAGUCUCAGACACCAAAGGUCGAGCCUCAAGAGAAGAAGAAGCAACCCAAGGGUCGUGCGAAGAAGAGAAUCACAUACACCCGACGAUUCGUCAACGUGACAAUGACCGGUGGCAAGAGAAAGAUGAACCCUAACCCAACAUCAUAAGAGCUUUUUGGGGGUAUGGAAAGCGCAUGGAUGAAACUAGAAAUGUGCAGCGCACUGCUUUCAAGAACCGACAUGAAAAGUCGCCGCGCUGUUGAGCAAGGAGGCGACGCCGGGCGACUUUACGGCCUCAAUAUGCAUUUCAUGUGGUGAUCCGGGAUUAAGCUCCCUAGAGCAUGGCGACAUGUACAUGGCUUGAAGAUGGGAUCUGCUAUGAUGAUCGGAAAAGGCGUUACGGCUGUUACAUCGCGAAUACAAAAUGCAAGUCCGAACUCCUGCAGCAUUCAAUCUUCUCACCGUUACGUGCGCAAACCUUCAUCAUGUCGUGGAAAUAUCAUUCCGUGGACGGCGUUCUCGCCUCUUGCUUCUCCUAUGAUGAAAGCGAUAUUAGUUUCUUUGGUGAUUCCAAAGUCCUGCCGUGGCCAAUUGAUUUCAAACGCAAGAGCAAGG